AUUAUAAAGAUCAUCGUACAUCUUCUAAUACUUCAAACAAUAACGAAACUGAUGAUAAUAAUGAUAAUAAUGAUAAUAAUAUAACUUGUGACGAAAACCUAAACAUUGGCAGUAAAAAUAUUAAAAAUCUUCAUUUUAAUUUUCCCACUUCAGUAAAAUCAUGGGUAUCAUCAUAUUCGAGAAGUCAAAAAUAUUCAGGUACAAAUUUAGGAAAUCGGAUUGAAGUGUACGCUCCAUCUCGUCGUCUUUCCGAAGAUUCAAAUAUAAAUAGUAUUGAAUCUGAUACUGGUGGCACAGUAACAAUCGAAACAGAACGAACGCCAUUGAUUCAUCGUACUUCGGUAAUGGAAGAUGCAAGUAAUUAUAAAAGUUUAAUGGAUCUUGGAAAAUCUACAUUAAAUCAAACAACUUUCAAUGCUGUUAAUGUCUUAAUGGGAAUUGGAAUUCUUGCAUUACCUUUCGCUUUCAAACAUACGGGAUGGAUUAUUGGAAUUUCAAUAUUUUUAUUUUGUUUGAUAUCAACAAAUUAUACUGCAAAAAUUCUAAAAAAUUGCUUAGAUGUAGACCGAACAUGUCAUUCAUAUGUGGAUCUUGCCUAUUUAGCUUACGGAAAUAAAGGAAAAUAUUUUAUAGGGACCAUAUUUCUAAUGGAUUUAUAUAAUGCCUCCGACUCGCUCAAGACACUUUUUCCCCAAUCUGAUUUAAUCCAAUUAAAAUUUAUCGUGUUCUUCAUAAUCACACCAAUAACGUGGUUGCCAAUUCGUUACCUCUCUUAUACAUCAAUUUUUGGUGUAAUUGCAACAGCGGCUUUAACUUUAGUAUUAUUAAUUGAUGGAUUUACCAAGUUAAACUCACCAGGAAGUUUAAUACAACCAAUGGAUACAUAUCUUUGGCCACAGAAAUGGAUUUCAGUACCAUUAGCCUUCGGAAUUAUUAAUGCCGGAUUUUCGGGUCAUGCAAUAUUUCCUUCGUUAUAUAGAGAUAUGGCAAAACCAAAUGAUUAUAGAAAAAUG